UCCUCCUCCUCCUCCUCCUUCCUCCUCCUUCGGCUGUCUGGCUGUCUGUCUGUCUGGCUGUCGAGCAGAGUAGUCGAGCGGGUGAAAAUGGCGGCCCCAAUGCUCAUUGGGCAUUUUGGAUCCUGACUGACCCAUUUUCCAAAACUCUUAGAUUUGGACUCUCGAUGAUGUCGGCUUCUUCCGGAAUGAGGGGGAAGAAUGGCGAUCCCACACCCAGCAAGCUGCACCUGAAGCGGGAGCUAACCCAAAUCCGCAAGGCUUCCCGCUUGUUGCGGGAUCCCGGAACCACCUCCUCCUGCAAGUCGCCGCCUCUCUCCGCCCUCCGUCCCCUUCCCGGCACAUUCAUCGCCGACCCCAAGAGCCCCCCCGUCUUCUUGUAUAACUGGAAGUCCCCCAACUCCCCCAAUGCCCUCAGAUCUUCCUCCCCCUCCUCCCCCUCCUCCUCCUCCUCCUCUCCCAACAGUCAAGACGACGGCUUGAGCGAUGCCCGCAAUGCUGUCUACUCCAAGGCCGGUGGCAGCGACAACCCUCGCCCCUCCCAUGAUUUCCGCCGCCGAGAUGCCCAUCUUGUCCCGCGGGUUGGCCCCGCUCCCUCUUCUGCCUUCAAGAAGCGGAGUAAGAAACCCGAUGCUCAUGCCCUUCUCCUCCCUAGAUAUCCUCCCAAGGACCUCCAUCUCCCCAGGAAUUCCGCCCAUUCCAUAUCCUUUCGCAAUGGUCACCCUCCACUGCCGCUGGUCCCGGACGGCUCCGUCGACCCAUCUGACGAUACGGACGAUUACAGUCGCUCCGAGGAUUUGAAGCGGAUCCCUGGAGCUUCCCCAUUGCUUUUAAAAUUGAAGCACCGCAAUAAUUGGUCCCGCUCCUCCUCCAUAUUGCUCAGGAGCAUUAGGAAGGAGGACUCUUCCUACACCUACAGCACCCCUGCUCUCUCCACUAGCUCCUAUUAUAGGCACGCCAAUCGGAAUCCAAGCACAGUGGGGUCUUGGGAUGGUACCACCACUUCUGUGAACGAUGGUGAUGACGAGGUGGACGAUCCUUUGGAUUUGCCUGGAGGGCAGGGAUGUGGGAUUCCUUGCUACUGGUCCAAAAGGACGCCCAAGCACAGGCGCAUGUGUGGCAGUUGUUACUCUCCUUCCCUCUCCGACACCAUAAGGAGGAAAGGCAGUAGUAUUCUCUGUGGCAGUCAAUCAGUGUACAGUGGACGCCGCCCAUCGCCUUCGGGGUCAAAGAAGCGAAGAAUUGCGUCUAAGAGUGCUCAAGGUGUUCUCCCAUUGCUCACGAACGAUACUGAUGCCAGAGGAGGAUCGUCGGUUGGAACGGGGCACAGCGAUGAUGAGCUCUCCACAAACUUUGGGGAGCUCGAUUUGGAGGCAUUGAGUAGAUUGGAUGGAAGGCGGUGGUCUAAUUGUAGGGAUCAAGAUGGGUUGGAGGCUGUUGCUCCCACCAGUGGCCAAGGAGAGGAAGAUGCUAUGGUGGAUAACAUCAGAAGCUUGAGUCAGAAGUAUAAGCCCAUGUUCUUUGAUGAGAUAAUUGGGCAAAACAUUGUGGUUCAAUCGCUCGUCAAUGCUAUUUCGAGGGGAAGGGUUGCUCCUGUCUAUUUCUUCCAAGGACCUCGAGGGACUGGAAAAACUUGCACAGCCAGGAUUUUUGCUGCUGCUCUGAAUUGUCAGGCUACCAAAGAAGCCAAGCCAUGUGGAUGCUGCAAAGAGUGCUCCGACUUCAUUUCUGGAAAGAGCAGAGAUCUUUGUGAGGUCGAUGGCACCAAUAAGAAACAAAUCGAUAAAGUCAGGCAUCUGCUAAAAAACUUGUCAGUUCGGCCACCAGUGCAUUCGCGGUCCAAAGUUUUUAUCAUUGAUGAAUGUCAUCUGUUGCCCUCUAAGGUAUGGCUGGCUUUUCUCAAAUUUGUUGAGGAACCACCACGUCGAGUCGUUUUCAUUUUUGUUACAACCGACCUAGACAGUGUGCCCCGUUCCAUGCAAUCUCGCUGUCAGAAGUACCUUUUCAACAAAAUCAAAGAUAGUGACAUUGUGUUGCGACUACGCAAUAUUUCUGCGAGCGAGAAUCUGGAUGUCGAAUUGGAUGCGUUGGAUUUGAUUGCUCUGAAUGCAGAUGGUUCGCUUCGAGAUGCCGAAACUAUGUUAGAUCAAUUGAGUUUGUUGGGUAAAAGAAUCACGACAUCGCUUGUGAACGAACUUGUUGGAGUUGUUUCAGACGAGAGGUUACUUGAUCUAUUAGAGCUAGCCAUGUCGUCGAACACUGCAGAAACGGUGAAAAGAGCCAGGGAGUACAUGGACUCUGGGGUAGAUCCAUUGGUUUUAAUGUCACAGCUGGCCAGUCUUAUUAUGGAUAUCAUAGCUGGAACAUACAAGAUGGUCGAUUCCGACUAUAACGAGUCACUUUUUGGUGCUCGAACCUUAAGUGAAUCUGAAUUAGAGAGAUUAAAGCAUGCUUUGAAGCUUCUCUCAGAGGCAGAGAAACAGUUAAGAGUUUCGAGUGAACGGUCAACUUGGUUUACGGCGACAUUAUUGCAACUUGGUUCUGUGCCUUCACUAGAAGCUUUGCAUUCUAGCAGCAGUCAGAAGCAAAGUUCUAGGACAACCGAAGAUCCAUCAAGUGCUUCUAGAGGAUACAAUUCUUACAAGCGAAAAUCAGAUUCUAAAUACGCACCCCGUGAAUCUGCCUCUCCUGUGUCUUUGCUUGAAGAAGCACAUUCAACUCCCUGUCAUCAGGGGACUGUAUUGUCACUUAUCAAGGAUCAUACUUUCAGAACCAGGGGCACACAUGGUGGGGGGCUCGGAGGCACAAUGUUCAAAACAACUAGCCUGGAAAAGUUGAACGACAUAUGGACACGUUGCAUAGAGAGGUGCCAUUCAAAGACACUCAGACAGUUGCUGCAUGCCCAUGGCAAGCUUAUAUCUAUCUCAGAAACUGAAGGAGUUCUUGUUGUAUAUGUAGCUUUUGCAGAUAAAGAUGUUAAAUUGAGAGUGGAAAGGUUCGUGAGCAGUAUUACAAACUCCAUAGAAAUAGUUUUGAGACGAAACGUAGAGGUUAGACUGAUCCUCCUCCCGAAUGGUGAGGAUCUGAUGAAGUAUGGCAAUCCAGGGGAUUCACCAGUUCUGAGUCAAAUGGGAACAGAUAUGGACACUCAAAGAGAAAGGAAAGCAUUUGUUGAAGGUUAUGCUGACCAGGCAUCAUGUCAAGAGUUACCCAAAGUGUCCCAGAUAGCCCUUAACAAUUUAGAUGACAAGUUAAAAGGGGGAUUGCAUGAGGAUUCUAAGGACUGUCAGUUGGUGGAUGGGAUCAAAUGUUCAUCAGAGUUAAUGGUUGAAGAGAAUAAUGGUACAAAUGAAAAGAGGCAGGAGGUCCCAAUGCAGAGAAUAGAGUCCAUUAUCAGAGAGCAGAGGUUAGAAACUGCCUGGUUGCAAACUGCGGAUAAAGGAACCCCUGGCUCAUUAAUUUGUUGCAGACCUGAGAAGAAUCAGGUCUUACCUCAAGAUGGCAUCUAUGAUCAACAUAAGUUGGAAUCAGUCAAUUCUACAGAUUUUUCUUCUCAGCAUUGGGAGGGUGAACUGAAUCAUGAACUCAAAGUUUUGAAGAUUGCUGAUGGAAGGGGCUUGCAGAAGGACCAAGUUAAUAAAAGUCACUAUCCCAUGUCCCCAUGUUUGUUGCAUGAUAGCAGCUUCAUGGCAAAUUUCAACAAGGAGAGCCUGGUUUAUGAGUCUGGUUCAGGAAAUGAAGGUUGUGGCAGGAUGUUAUGCUGGAAUUACACUAGAUCUCAGAGAAGGGGAAAGCUCAAAAGGACUGUCAUGCGCUCGCGCAGAAAUGGAGGUUUCUCAUUCUUCAGUGCAUGCGUGAAGGCAAAUUCGGAAAGCAAAUUAAGAAGACCAAAUGAUGAGUAGCAUCACAUUUAAGUUGCCUUUUUUUUCCUUUUCCCGUGGUAUCAUUUGUGUAUUUAGGUCCUCAAUUGCCGUUUUUUAAAUGUGGAUAUUGUUUUAAAAGUCAGGCCAUUUUUGCUUCAAUAGAAGAUUAUUUGAAGCUCA